CAUUUCAUUUCAUUACUUCUGCCAUAGAGCGCGUGGUGUGUUCGAGUUGUAAUUUUUAUUUUCAAAUUAAGUAAAAGAUAUUAAAUAGUCAUGAAGGGCGACAAGAAAGUCGACGUACAAACCCUUAAGGAUCUCGCAAAUAAAUUAAGAAUCGACAGCAUCGUAGCAACAAAUGCCUCAAAAUCCGGACACCCCACAUCAUGUGCUUCAAUGGCGGAAAUUAUGUCAGUGCUGUUCUUCCACACCAUGAAAUACAAGAUAUCCGCUCCAAGGGACCCUUCUGCUGACAGAUUUAUACUUUCAAAGGGUCAUGCAGCACCAAUCCUGUAUGCAGCAUGGGCUGAAGCUGGUCUCUUUCCCGUGGAUGACCUGAAGAACCUUCGCAAGUUGGACUCGGACCUUGAAGGUCACCCCACUCCCAGACUGAACUUCGUGGAUGUGGGCACUGGCUCUCUAGGACAAGGUCUAGCUGUGGCUGCUGGUAUGGCCUAUGUUGGGAAAUACUUUGAUCAAGCUCCAUACAGGGUAUACUGUCUGGUGGGAGAUGGAGAGGCAGCUGAAGGCAGCGUGUGGGAGGCUCUACAAUUCGCCAGCCACUACAAACUUGACAAUCUGGUUGUGAUCAUUGAUGUGAACCGCCUCGGACAGUCUGAGCCUACAGCUCUGCAGCAUCAGAUGGAUGUAUACGAUGCACGCGUAAAGUCCUUCGGCCUCCACUCCAUCGUAGUAGACGGCCACGACGUAAGCGAGCUGGUGAAGGCCUUUGAUGAGGCGGCAUCGGUGACCGGCAAACCCACAGCGCUGCUCGCUAAGACAUACAAGGGUCGCGGGUUUCCCGACAUCGAGGAUAAGGACAAUUGGCACGGAAAGGCACUUGGUGCUGAGGGAGAGAAAAUUAUCAAGCACCUUCAGUCGCAGAUAAAGAACGCGUCGCCAAGUGUGCGUGUGAGCCCGCCGGCCGCACCCGCGCCUGCGGUGCACCUCGCUGACGUCACGCUGUCAUCUCCGCCGGCCUACAAGCUCGGAGAACUGCUCGCCACACGGCUCGCAUACGGGACCGCGCUCAAGAAGAUAGCAGACACCAACCUGAGAGUUAUCGCUUUGGACGGAGACACAAAGAAUUCGACAUUCAGUGACAAACUGAAGGCUGCUUACCCUGACAGAUACGUAGAGUGCUUCAUCGCUGAACAGACGCUGGUGGGCGUGGCCACUGGGAUGGCGUGCCGUGACCGUGCGGUCGUGUUCGCUUCUACCUUCGCAGCCUUCUUCACCAGGACCUUCGACCAGAUUCGCAUGGGCGCCAUAAGCCAGUCCAACAUAAACCUGGUCGGGUCUCACUGCGGCGUGAGCAUCGGAGAAGACGGACCCUCGCAGAUGGGUCUGGAAGACUUGGCGCUGUUCCGUGCUGUGCCCACUGCGACUGUCUUCUAUCCUUCUGAUGCCGUGUCUACGGAGCGUAGUGUGGAGUUAGCGGCAAACACGCGAGGCAUCUGUUACAUCCGUACGUCGCGACCCAACACUGCUGUCAUCUAUGAGAACGACGCGCAGUUCCAGGUGGGACAAGCUAAGCUGGUGCGCUCGAGUGCUAACGACCGUGUGUUGUUGAUUGGAGCCGGCGUGACCCUGCACGAGGCUCUCGCGGCGUAUGACACCCUGCAGCAGAAAGGUGUGAACGCACGUGUGUUGGACCCAUUCACGGUGAAGCCGUUGGACGAGGCAGCCGUGAUACAGCACGCGCGGGUCGCAGGUGGCCACGUGCUCGUCGUAGAGGACCACUACCAGGCAGGUGGUCUGGGUGAAGCAGUGCUGUCUGCGCUAGCGUUGGAGCGCGAUGUGGUGGUACAACACCUGUGCGUGCGGGAGGUGCCUCGCUCGGGCCCGCCCAACGCGCUUCUCGACCGCUACGGCAUCUCUGCCAACCACAUCGUCAGCGCCGUCGACCGCCUGCUGAGACUGUAAACACACGCACAAACGCUCACAACGUACUACCCCAUUGGCUUAUGUUCUCUUACGUACACACACAUACACACGCACGCUGGCAACGCUCCUGUGAUUCCUUUCUGGUGUUGCAAGAGAAUGUGGGCGGCAGUGAUCACCUAUCACCAGGUGACCCGUACGCUCGUUUGCCCUCCUCUUUCACAAAAAAACAACCACUCAUUUUUUUCACUUGAAUACGUAAUGAAAUGUCUCAUUUAUUCGUGCCGUUACACAAGUUUAUACACAUUCAUCAUACACAAUACUGAACAUAGCCAAUUGGGUUUCAUUUAACUAACACACACACAUGUUGCAUUAUGUUGAAUAACUUGUUAGUUAUUUACAUAAUUGUUGUUGAACAACACAACUAUAGUUAAGUAAAUGUUAGUUUAAGGGAAUAAAAUGAAUCAUAUAAUUGUGAAAACUUGGAUCGUACAUUCCGUAAAUUGGAUGUCUGUUGUGUAACGUUCCUUCCUAAUAUUCUUAUAUUAUUCUUGAUGUUAUGAUAUUGUCUAUUUGAUAUAAUAUGUACUUUAUAUUAAUGUAAGGGUAAUGUGUGCCUUAUGGAGUAAGGUAGGUUUGAUAUGAGGGUAGUUUUAGUUUUCAUAUAUUUUCUUUAAAAGCAGACUUCCAAUCGAUAUUUGAAUCAUUUAUGUUUCCAAGUAUAUUUACAAAAAAAAAUUAUUCCAAUUUUUAUUGACAAUAUUAAGACUGUUUAUUUUGUUGUUUUCCAUGUUAACAUUCCCAAUAAAGUAUUUUGAAAUUGAUAUAUAAUCAGUGGAUAAAAAAUAUUUUCAACUGCAUAUUUGGCUUCAUGUCGAAAUAUAACAGAUUUUGAAGAUUUGGGACCAACUAUUAUUUUUUUUUUGCUUUAUUACAAUAGAUGUAUUACAAUGUCUUCCGAAACAAUAAAAAUAAAAACUUUGGUUAUAUGUUAUAUAUUAUCGUUUUACAUUCUUGUUGCAUUUUUUGAAAUCACAUUUUUAAUAAAUAUUAUUCAUAAA